GUGGAUGUUCAGAAUCCAUCGGUGGGUUAGUCUCGGGGGCAGCACAUACUACCCUCUGCCCCUUCAACAUCCAAAAGACACCAUCUGACUAUGACUUUCUACUUCCCCAACCAGGUAGCCCUCCCUAACAGUGCAUGUACCUUCUCUCACUCAGCCAUAGCUUCCUGUGCAUGUCAGCUGUUUCAUGCUGCCUGUCCUGUCUGUGUUCCUCCUGCAGACAUGACAAUGCGUCUGUGCCGUUUGCUGUGCUAACUAUAAGUGCCCUUUGAAAAAUGUUGUGUAACUCAUUGUUUUUGUUCAGUAAACACAAAUGAUUACUAUAUAACACGAUAUUUAAUUACACAAUUUUAUUCUGUGAAGUUAAGUGUGGUACACUAAUUAUUGGAGCCAAUUUAAUAAGCUCCCUGCUAUGGUAUGAUCUGAUUAUGAGCAGGAAGCAUGUGUAUGUCUUUGUGUCAUGAAUGGAUGGGUAUGUGUGAGUGAGUGAAUGGCCUGGGUGUGUGUGUGUGUGGGCACGGCUGGGCACAGCCCAGUGUUUGAAGCUCGCUGUCCCUUUGGGACAUUGCUGCAGUUCCCCAGGAUGUGGCCCUGCCUUUGGUUCCAGGGCGUGUGGCUGGAUGUUCGGGCGUGGUUGUUGAUCUGCUUCUUUGGCGUGGGGGUGGUUCUCCGGAGCCUGGGGCCCUGGGGGUGUAGUGACCAGCCUCUGGUGGAGCUGGCGUAUUUUGGCUUCUCAAGUGACAAAGACACAUACACUGACACGAACACACACGCACAAUAUCUAUGAAAAAAAAUACAUUUCCACUCGCCCCUGCGGGUGAGCUGUCCUUCAAGAUCAGGUCCUCUACCAGAGGCCUGGAAGCUUGAGGGUCCUGCGCAGUAUCUAAGCUGCUCCUAGGACUGCGCUCUUCUGGACAGAGAUCUCCAAUGUUAUGUAU